GCUUUCUAAUGAUUUUUCCUAAUUCCAAAAUGAUUUAACCUUCGAAAUCGGUUGAUUUUCUUGGUAUCUGGUUGAAUAUCUGAUCUUUUAUUUGGAUCUUUAAAAUUGUUAACCAAAUGUUUUGAUUGUUUACAUUUUUGAUUAUUUUUUUGAGUUUCUUUGAUUACUUGCAAUCAAUUUAUUUGUUUUGAAUUUCUUUUCGUCAUGUUACCCUGUAGAUUGAAGGUUCUAAUGGGAUCAUUAGAAAGCUGGUCUAAUCUCUUACGUCCUUGUGCCAGUGAAUUGGUGAAUUUCAAUCAAAAUAGAAACAUGAGAGUCUGGAAGACUUGGCCCAACAAUUGGAUUCCAUUUGAUUGGAAAAAACCUGAACCUCAACCUGGAUUCUUCGAGUCGGGUGAUCGUAAAGAAGGUUUAGAUAAAUUCGAUCUCGAUCAAAUCAAACCAAAUCUAAAGAAUCUUGAGAUUCUUAAAAAUGCACCAGAAUCGGUCAAGAAAUUGUAUACCCUUAGAUUUGCUCGAAGAAGAGAAUUGAAAAUUCUUCAAAAUUCCUUAUACGAAUCAAACUUACCAAUACGAAGACGUUUGUUGGACAAAAAUGAAUAUGAAAGAAAAGUAAUCCGAUUGACAGUAGCAAUUAGGCACAUAAGAGACGUGAUUAGAAAUGAAUCUCAAAAUAGUGCUGGUCAUAAGAAUCUUGUUUCUAGAUAUAUUAACAAACGUUACAAAUUUCUGGUCGAAUUGUAUAAGAUUGACAGAGAAUCGUGUCAAAUGCUUUGCGACAAAUUAGAGAUCGACUUUAAAGUGCCGCUACCCUAUUAUUGGCCUUAUCCAUUCCUAGAGAGAAAACGAACCAUAAGAGAAACUUGUGAAACUUAUUGUAAGGAUAUUAAAAAAAAGAAAUUAGAUGAAUAUAAGGAGAUAUUAAACCAGGAAGAUCAAAUUUGCCGAGGAAAGGCUCGAAAACUGGAAUGGAUCGAGAAAACAAUGGCCGAACACAAGAUAACCGAAGAUAUGUUGCAAGAUUCGAAGCCACCCAUACAUCUCGCUGCUAAAUACGUUUACUUGGAAUAAUCAAUUUCCAAAUAUUUAUAUCAGUUUAUUAUCCAAUCAUCAACUACCCUUGGAAUUAGUUGAUUAGUGUAGUCCUUUAAAGUAACGAUAUGAUUUGAAUAGAACCGAGUUUUGUUUUUCACCAA